CCCAGGUGCCAACAGUCUGUUACGUACUCUCCGAUGAUACGCACAAACUUGUGCGGGAAGCGGCGCGACGUGUAGAACACCACGAGCAGUAGCAGCGCAUUAGCCACGAGGAACGAACCCCGCGCUCGAAUCUUGUGCAGCGUCAGCAGCGCCUGCUGCGACGCCGAGAGCUUCUUGGGCACCGUUGGCCUGCCCCCCAGCAUGAUGAUUCUCUAACGACGGGGUUGGUCAAAAACCGUCCGACAGUGUGGUACACAUAAAGGCAACAAACCAAUAAGAGAUCCGACAGUUAGGUUGAAGUACUUUUUAGCGUGUCAGAGCUCUCUCUUCAUUCUACAUUUUGUCUCGACAAACACAAGUGGCUUAGGAGAGAAUAAUGGACGAUGAUAUCCAGGCUGUAGUGAUUGACAAUGGAUCGGGUAUGUGCAAGGCGGGGUUCGCUGGGGAUGACGCCCCGCGUGCUGUUUUCCCGUCCAUUGUGGGAAUGCCGAAGCAUUUGGGUAUUAUGGUUGGCAUGAACCAGAAAGACGCUUACAUUGGGGAUGAAGCGCAAGCGAAACGUGGGGUUUUAACGCUGAGAUACCCAAUUGAACAUGGGAUCGUGACGAACUGGAACGACAUGGAGAAGAUCUGGAGUCACACGUUCUACAACGAGCUGCGAGUAGCCCCAGAGGAGCAUCCAGUGCUGCUAACGGAGGCCCCACUCAACCCCAAAGCCAAUCGAGAGCGCAUGACGCAGAUCAUGUUUGAGACGUUUAGUGUACCAGCGAUGUAUGUGAACAUCCAGGCGGUGCUGUCGCUGUAUGCCUCUGGUCGUACCACUGGCUGUGUGCUUGACUCGGGUGAUGGAGUCUCACAUACGGUACCUAUUUACGAAGGGUAUGCACUACCCCACGCUAUUGUGCGAUUGGAUCUGGCUGGUCGAGACUUGACCGACUACAUGAUGAAGAUCUUGACUGAGCGUGGGUACUCGUUCACCACCACUGCUGAACGAGAAAUUGUACGCGAUAUCAAGGAGAAGUUGACGUAUGUUGCUAUGGAUUUCGACGAGGAGAUGAAGACAGCAGCUCAAUCCUCGGCAUUGGACAAGUCAUACGAGCUGCCUGAUGGUAACGUGAUUGUGAUCGGAAACGAACGCUUCCGUACCCCUGAGGUGCUGUUUAAUCCGUCCAUGAUUGGUCGCGAAUGCUCGGGAGUUCACGAGUGUGCUUUCCAAACGAUCAUGAAGUGCGACGUCGAUAUCCGCCGAGACCUGUACAGCAACAUUGUGCUGUCCGGCGGCUCGACGAUGUUCCCUGGAAUUGGUGAUCGCAUCACCAAGGAGGUGAUCAAACUUGCCCCAACGGCGAUGAAAAUCAAGAUCGUCGCGCCUCCCGAGCGCAAGUACUCGGUCUGGAUUGGAGGUUCCAUAUUGGCCUCUCUGGCCACGUUCCAGCAUAUGUGGAUCUCCAAGACCGACUACGAUGAAUCGGGGCCAUCCAUCGUUCACCACAAGUGCUUCUAAGCCAACCAGACGCAACACCUUGAGGCUCAAGUGCUUUGGUGUUGCAGUAUUAGCUUUCCUUAUCGUGAAUUUUGAUUAAUAUUUAAC